AUGCGACGUAGGCUUCCAACCCCAGCCGUUUCGAUAAACAUUCUGCUGGUAUUGGAGAAUUUCCUUAAGGAGGCACUUGCAGGAGUAGCUGCAGAAGCAAGUGGCGAGGCCGCCGCCGCGGUGGAAGAACUGGUUUCAGGGGUGCGGCAGGCGGCCGACUUCGCGGAGCAGUUCCGUACUUAUUCGGAAAGCGAGAAGCAAUGGAAAGCCCGGAUGGAGUUCAUCCUACGUCACCUGCCAGACUACCGCGACCCGCCCGACGGCAGCGGCCGCCUGGACCAGCUCCUGUCUCUCUCCAUGGUCUGGGCCAACCACCUCUUCUUGGGCUGCAGUUACAACAAAGACCUUUUAGACAAGGUGAUGGAAAUGGCUGAUGGGAUUGAAGUGGAAGAUUUGCCACAGUUUACAACCAGAAGUGAAUUAAUGAAAAAGCAUCAAAGCUAA